UUUAUUAUUAUUUAUAUUUAUUUAUUAAACAUUGAUCGCCGGGAUUGUGGCAUGGAAAGUGGAUCGUGAUAGCCUCAAUGUCCAUCGCAAGUCCGGAUCUAGAUAAUAUGGAGGUGCAGACAUCUCCGAAUAAUAACAACCGGUGGGAACAGACUGAGCAUCCGUGGGAUGAACCAGUCGCAACCGGCAAGCUCUUUGAGUGUUCCCGAAUUAAAGCGCUAGCAGAUGAACGUGAGGCCGUUCAGAAAAAAACGUUUACUAAAUGGAUGAAUUCUCAUCUUUCCAAAGUGCCGUGCCGUGUUAACGACCUUUAUAAUGACCUCCGUGAUGGAUACGUCAUCACAAAACUUCUGGAAGUGUUAUCAGGGGAGCAGCUACCAAAGCCCACCCGUGGCCGCAUGCGAAUUCACUCUCUGGAGAAUGUGGAUAAAGCACUACAAUUCCUUAAGGAGCAACGGGUGCACCUGGAGAAUGUGGGCUCUCAUGAUAUUGUGGAUGGCAACCAUCGCCUUACUCUGGGUCUCAUUUGGACCAUCAUCCUUCGCUUCCAGAUUCAGGUUAUCAAGAUCGAGACUGAAGAUAAUCGUGAGACAAGAUCAGCUAAGGAUGCCUUGCUUCUCUGGUGUCAGAUGAAGACAGCUGGAUACCCAGAGGUUAAUAUCCAGAAUUUCACCACCAGUUGGAGAGAUGGACUGGCCUUCAGUGCUCUGAUUCAUAGACAUAGGCCGGACGUCAUUGACUUCAGCAAACUUACAAAGUCUAACGCUACCUACAAUCUCCAGCAUGCAUUUAAUACAGCUGAGCAACAGCUUGGACUAACCAAGCUUCUGGACCCUGAAGAUGUUAAUAUGGAACACCCUGAUGAAAAAUCUAUCAUCACGUAUGUUGUGUCUUUCUAUCACUACUUUUCCAAGAUGAAAGCUCUGGCUGUAGAAGGAAAGCGAAUUGGGAAGGUACUAGAUAAGGCAAUUGAAAUAGAGAAAGACGUCAGACGCUACGAGAACCUUGCAUCGGAACUCUUGGAGUGGAUUGAAAGGACAAUCUCCGUCAUCACCAACCAAAAGUUUGCUAACUCUCUGUUGGGUGUCCAACAACAGCUACAAGCAUUUACCACCUAUUGUACCACCGAGAAGCCUUGCAAGUUCCAAGAGAAGGGAAAUUUGGAAGUAUUACUGUUUACCAUCCAAAGCAAAAUGAGAGAAGAGAAACGCAAACUCUAUGUGCCAUCUGAAGGGAAGACCAUCUCCGAUAUAAACAAGGCUUGGACGCAGUUGGAGAAAGCAGAGCAUGAGAGGGAAGUGGCUCUGCGUACUGAGCUUAUCCGCCAGGAGAAAUUAGAGCUUCUGUCCCAACGCUUUGAUCAGAAAGCCGCCAUGAGGGAGGCAUGGCUCAGCGAAAACCAGCGGCUGGUGUCACAGGAUAAUUUUGGUUAUGACCUGCCAGCUGUGGAAGCCGCGAUGAAGAAGCAUGAAGCUAUUGAGGCAGAUAUAUCAUCCUAUGAAGAGAGGAUACAGGUAGUGGCUGACUUAGCUCAGGAGAUGGAGUCUGAGGGAUAUUAUGAUAUCUGUAGGAUUUCAGCGCAAAAGGACAACAUCUUGCGACAGUGGAGCCUCUUGAAGGACUUGCUGAGUGCCAGGAGAGGAAGGCUGGAGAAGAACUUGGCUCUGCAGAAGAUCUUUCAAGAGAUGGUCUACAUGAUAGAUUGGAUAGAUGAGAUGCAGGUGACAAUGUCAUCUAAAGAUUUUGGUAAGCACCUUUUAGAAGUUGAAGAUCUUCUGCAGAAGCACAGCCUUCUGGAGGCCGACAUCUCUGUGCAGGCGGAACGGGUACAUUCGCUGAACCAAGCUGCGCUGAAAUUCACAGAAAUAAGUGAUUAUCAACCCUGUGACCCACAAAUUAUCCAGAAUCGGGUGGAACAUGUUAAGCGUUGCUUGGAGGGUCUGCACCAAAUGGCAGAGAAGCGCCGAGAAGAGCUGGAGGAAUCUCGUCGUCUCUGGUGCUUCCUACAGGAAGUAGAAGAGGCUGAGGGUUGGAUACGGGAAAAGAUGCAGAUCUUGUCUACCCCGCAAAGUUACGGCAAAGAUCUGAGCAGCGUCCUUCGCCUUCUGAGCAAACAUAAGAUUCUGGUGGGCGAGCUUGGAGGGAGAUACACCAUGCUUCAGCAGACCCUACAGAAAGCAGAGCAGGUGUUGGAAAAAAGACGGAGAGGGAUGUCUGGCCUCCGUCAGCGUAUGGAAGAGGUAAAGCAGCAGUGGGGAAAUCUAGAAAAGGCAGCCAGUUCCCAUCAACAGAAGCUCCAGGAAGCCUCCAGCUUCCAUCAGUUCAAUGCAGACACCACCGAACUGGCUGGAUGGCUUCAGGACACUUAUCGUCUGGUCUCUAGCGAUGACUUUGGUCAUGAUGAGUACUCCACCCAGUCCCUGGUCAAAAAGCAUCGAGAAGCCAUGGAGGAGAUCGAGAAGCACCAGGCUACCGUGUUGGGGUUGAGGAACCAGCUGAAAGAGCUGGGGGCAGAGUAUAGCGACCAGGUGGAUGUACAGAUAAGCAUUGUGGAGGUUGAGCAACUGUAUGCGGAGGUGGUAGAGGUGGCCGGCCUCCGAUGCCAGUGGCUGCAAGAUGCCUUAGACAUCUACAAAAUGUUUGGGGAGGUGAACUCUUGUGAGGUGUGGAUAGAUGAGAAGGAGCAAUGGCUUGUGAAGAUGGAUAUCCCUCAACGUCUAGAAGAUGUGGAGGUUGUACAGCACAGGUUUGAAAGUCUGGACCAAGAAAUGAACAGCCUGAUGGGUCGGGUGUUGGACGUCAACCAGAUUGUGGAGCAGCUCCUGGAAGGUGGACAUCCUAGUUCCUCAGAGGUCCAGGCCUGUCAGGACCAUUUAAACAGCAGGUGGAAUCGGAUUGUGGAGCUUGUUCAGCAGAGGAAGGAGCAGCUGGCUUCCAUCCUUCGUCUGCAGAACUACUUCUUGGAGUGCAAUGAGGUUAAGUCACAGAUCAGGGAGAAGAGGAAGGCAAUGGAAACUACACAGGGUGGUAGUGGGGAGCUUGGAGGUGUGCUUUCCCUACAGAGGAAGCUGUCCAAUAUGGAAGCAGCAUUGUUGGCCCUAGAACCUAAACUUGUCCAACUCCAGCAAGAUGCAGAACUCCUUGCCACAUGCCACCCAUCCCAAGCCAUGGAAGUUCUGGUACACUUUGAAGAAAUCAGCGGUGAAUGGGAAGCCUUGAAGAGAACACUACAAGGUUGUGAAGACUCCCUCACUGUUGCCAGCAAGCUGCAGCAGUUCAUCCAGGACUUGGACAACUUCCUUACCUGGUUGGUCAAGACACAGACAGCAGUAGCCACUGAGGAGCUGCCUUCCAACCUAAGUGAGGCGGAGCGGCUGCUGGGACUCCAUGCCUCACUCAAAGAAGAGAUUAACCGAUAUGAAGAGGACUACAACAAGAUACAGGCUGUCAGUGACCUUCUAAGUUUGGAAGAGGCAGAUCUCCCAUAUCUGUCCCUCCAGCAAUGGCUGCAGAAGCUGGAAGUGGGCUGGAGCAAGCUGCUACAGAUGUGGGAGAACAGGAGAGAGGUUCUUGUCCAAUCCCAUAUCUUCCACCUCUUCCUUAGGGACUUCAAACAGGCAGAGACAUGCCUGAAUAACCAGGAGUCAACAUUGGCUCAUGUUGAGCUGCCUAAUACUGUAGAAGGCGUGGGAGAAGCCAUAAAAAAGCAUCGGGAUUUUCUUACUACUAUGGAAAUAAAUGUUCAGAAGGUUACAGUGGCUGUAGAGGCUGGAGAGAGCUUAAUACGGCUGGGGAACGUAUUUGCAGACCGAGUGCAGGAAAGGAUCGCUGCCAUCCAAAAGAGGAGCCAGCGUAACAUGGCUUUGGCCCAGAAAUGGCUACAGCGUUUGAAAGACCAUCUGCAUCUUCAGAAUUUCCUGCAAGACUGCAACGAGCUGGACUCUUGGGUCAAUGAGAAGACAUUAAUGGCUCGAGACACUUCCAGAGACCAGUCCCAGAGACCGCACAAGAAAUGGCUCAAACACCAAGCUUUCAUGGCUGAGCUAUCCCAGAACAAAGGCUGGCUGGAGAAGAUAGAAAAGGAAGGCCGUCAGCUUAUCCAGGAGAAACCUGAGCUGGCUGGUGUAGUGAACAAGAAACUAGAGGAGAUCCGUCAGUGUUGGGUCGAGUUGGAGUCCAGCACCCAGGCCAAAGCUCAGCAGCUUUUCCAGGCCAACAAAGCAGACCUAGUGGUGCAGAACUAUUCUGACCUGGGCAAGCGGCUCCAUAGGCUUGAGGAACAGCUUCGGCCCGUGGAGCCAAAUCUUGACAUCUCCAGAGUCAACACUCAGCUAAAGAAAUUAGAGAGCAUGGAAUCACAAAUGGAGGAGUGGUACAAGGAGGUAGGAGAGCUUCAAGCACAGAUUGCAACUUUUCCAUUGGAUGUGGCAAGCCAGGAAGCAGUAGAGGAGAAGCAGAAUGAGGUAGGAACAAGGAUCGUGCGUCUUAUUGAGCCACUGAAGGAGAGAAGAAGAAUCCUGCUUGCUUCCAAAGAGGUGCAUCAGGUUACCCGGGACCUUGAGGAUGAAAUUCUGUGGGUGCAGGAGAGGCUUCCUCUUGCGACUACCAAGGAACUUGGGAGCAACCUACAAGCUGUGCAACAGCUGAUCAAGAAAAACCAGAACCUGCGGAGGGAGAUCCAAGUUCAUUCACCACGAAUUAAUGACAUCCUGGAGAGGGCGGGAGCCAUUGCUGGUAUCCGAAGCCCAGAGGCCGAGGGGGUACGGAUUGGAUAUGAAAGCCUACAUGAAAUGUGGAAAACACUGAAAGAGCAGACAGAAAGUCGACAGCAAAUGUUGGAUGUUAGCUAUCAGGUUCAGCAAUAUUAUUUUGAUGUAGGAGAGGUGGAAACAUGGCUAAGUGAGCAGGAACUCCUUAUGAUGAAUGACGAGAAGGGCAAGGAUGAACAGAGCACUCUACAGCUCCUGAAGAAACAUCUUAUGUUAGAGCAGACCAUUGAGAACUAUGAGGAAACAAUUGCUCAGCUGUCUAGACAAUGCCGUGUUCUUCUGGACUUAGGACACCCAAACAGUGAAGAGAUAAGUAAGCGCCAGUCUCAGAUCGAUCGCCUCUACGUGUCUCUGAAGGACCUGGUGGAAGAGCGCAAAGGGAAACUGGAACAGCAGUACUGGCUCUUCCAGCUGAGCCACGAAGUGAAUGAACUAGAACAUUGGAUUGCUGAGAAGGAGGUGGUGGCUGGAUCUCCAGAGCUUGGACAGGACUUUGAGCAUGUUACACUUUUGCAGGAGAAGUUUACAGAGUUUGCCAAUGAGACAGGCUGCAUUGGGCAGGAACGCAUCAUUGCCGUUAAUCAGAUGGUGGAUGAACUUAUAGACUAUGGUCAUGCAGAUGCAGCCACAAUUGCAGAGUGGAAAGAUGGUGUGAACGAGGCAUGGGCUGAUCUUCUAGAGCUCAUGGAGACACGAGCGCAGAUGCUAGCGGCUUCACAUGAUCUGCACAAGUUCUUUAAUGACUGCAAGGAUGUCUUGUCCCAACUAGAAGAGAAGAAGCAGCGGUUGCCGGAGGUGAAAGCACAGGAGGCCAAGUUGUCAGCCGGCUGUUUGCAAAGAAUAUUGAGCUCCUUCGAACAUGACAUUGAAGUCCUUGUCACUCAGGUACGUCAGCUCCAGGAAAAUGCUGCCCAGUUGAGGACAGUCUAUGCAGGGGAAAAUGCAGUGGCAAUUGUCACCAGUGAACAGGAAGUGAUGCGGUCUUGGAAAGAGUUGUUGACCUCUUGUGAAGACUGUCGGCUACAGAUCACUAGUGCCACUGACCGCAUGAAGUUUAUCGGCAUGGUGAGAGACCUCAUCUCCUGGAUGGAGAGUAUCAUCUGUCAGAUUGGCACCGGAGAGAAGCCAAGAGACGUUUCCUCAGUUGAAGUACUAAUGAGUUACCAUCAAGGGCUGAAGAGUGAGAUUGAAUCCCGUAACGUGAGAAUUGCAGAAUGUGUGGAGCUUGGGAAAACUCUAGUUCUGAACAAAAGGCCGGCUACUGAAGAGAUCAAGAAGAGCUUGGACAAACUGAUGAUGAAAAAGAAGGAGAUGCUGGAGAAAUGGGACAAGCACUGGGAAUGGCUACAGCAAAUGCUGGAAGUUCACCAGUUUGCUCAGGAGGCAGGGGUUGCUGAAGCUUGGCUGACUGCCCAGGAACCCAUUGUAAAGAGCCCUGAACUGGGAAACAGUGUGGAUGAAGUGGAACAGCUUAUACGCCGUCACGAGGCCUUCCGCAAAACUGCAGCAGCUUGGGAGGAGAGGUUCAGUUCCUUAAGGCGAUUAACCACGCUGGAGAAGUUGAAAGCAGAGCAAAGCAAAUUACCGCCCACACCUCUUCUUGGUAGAAAGGUUUUCCCUGAUACAACGGACUAUUCCACUCGUCCAUCGCCUCUUGCACGUCAGGCUGUGUAUGAGAAAUCAGAGCCAAAAUUGGAGCAGAAGGAUACCCUUUCCCUCCCAAAUGGGACCCCACCAGAGACCCACAGGACACGAGGGGAAAGGGGGGAGGCAAGGGUUGGGUUUGUUCAACAUGAAAUAAGACCAGAGCGUCUACAGGCAAAGAUUGACCAUGUAGAAGCUAAAGUGUCUCAAGGUAUGGCCACAUUGACUGUGGAGAAGGCAGAAAGCAAAAGCAGCCGCCACUCACAUCCUGAGAGAAGGAGAGAUCGCCAUGAAAGGAAACUGGAACGUCAGGAGUCCAGCGAGCAAGAGGCUCCAAAGCAAGAGCAGCCAGAGAGGAGGAGAGACCGUCAUGAGAGAAGACUAGAUCGGCAAGGAUCAAGCGAACAGGAGACCCCAAAACAGGAGCAGCCAGAAAGACGGAGAGAUCGGCAUGAGAGGAGGACAGACAAGCAGGAGUCCAUUGAGCAGGACACCCCAAGACAUGAAGCAGAUAAAGUUGCAGGAAAAACAACUCUUGCCGACAUUGUUGAGCAACUUCAAGAAAAGGAAGCUGCCCAGGGCAUCCCUCUGUCAAGUGAGUCUCCUGGUCGCUUACCAAACGGGAUAGAGAAACUUCCAGAAAGAACCACAAGGCCAGAUAGACCACGAGCCAGAGACAGGCCGAAGCCCAGGAGGAGACCUCGGCCAAGAGACCCAAAUCAACCACCAGGAGAGGCUCGUAGAUCCCGUUCUGCUCCUGCCCAGAGCAGUGCUCCUCCUCCACCACCCCCUACGCACACAAUCCAACAGGAAGGAUUACUCUUCAGGAAGCACGAGUUAGACGGACCCAGCAAGAAGGCCUCAAAUAGGUCCUGGGUCAACCUCUACUGUGUGCUAAAUAAAGGAGACCUCGGUUUCUACAAAGACGCAAAAAGCCAGAGCUCAGGAGCCACACAUGGAGGAGAACCUCUACUCAAUCUACAUGGCGCUACCUGUGAGGUGGCCAACGAGUACAAGAAAAAGAAAUUUGUAUUCAAACUCAGGUCAACAGACGGAAGGGAAUUCCUCUUCCAGGCAAAAGAUGAGGAGGAGAUGAAAAAUUGGAUCACGGCAGUAACCACGUCAGUCUCUGAACAUACCGAAAUAGCCAAAUGGAGUCAAACCCUCCUCACUACCUCCUCUACAGACGAAAGCAACUUAAAGCGGGAUUCUGACCGCAGACCUAGCGGUGGUGGCAGGAAAAAGUGAACAAUUGGAAAGAAAGAAAUGUUUUAGCUUCAAUCUUUCCAGGCAAAAAAACGACGAGCCUCAAAAAUAUCUAAGGAGCUUUCUAGAGGCUGUUGGAGGAUUUUGAUGACUAUCUGCCAUAUUUGGAAUCCAAACCUUGAUGUCUAUGCAUUUAUACUGGACAUUGUACUUCAAUCCUGAAACCCUUUAUGUUUCCAGUUCCUAAAACUUCCAUCCUGCCUCACUCCAAUCUCAUAUCCACUUGGAUUUUAGGGGAGUGAGGGAUGUAUAUUCUAUAGAUAUGGUCAACAUGCUUAUAUACAACCUAAACUGUAUUAACUUAUAGCAACUGCCAUAAGUCUCUAGCAGAUCAGACAUGGGUGGGAAGAUCUGGUACAGAAAAAUAUUGUUCGUUGGGAUUGGAAAAGUUCCGUAAGUCUGCAGUCAGCAUGAAGAACAUUUUUUUCUUUGAAGACUAGGUCAUCUGCAAUGUCUUUAAGAAUAUGCUUGACAGCUGAGUGUAAAACAAAGUCCUAAUUGGAUGCUUUUUUUUAUUUUGUAUUAAUGUAUUAGGAGUUGGACUACUGCAUUUUGAUACCUCAAUAUUUCAGCAUUUGGGAACCCCAACAUUUCAAAAAAAUAUUUUUAUUAUGGUAUGGAUGGAUAGAUCUGGGAGCCAUAGUGGGUCCCUUGUUGGUAUCUUCCAUUAUGGCUUCCAAUUUUUAUAUAUUUUUGUGCAUCCCAGACUUAUGGUCUGAGGAGGUUUGGUUACAGGAGUUUAUCUUUUUUUUCUUUCCCCACAGACCACAAUAUCCUUUCAAGUUCCAAAAAUCUAAAUAUAUAUUUGUUGAGAUCACAUAUUUUUCUGGGGAGCUAUAUAAAAUUUCCUAUUUUUAUCGAUUAUUAAAUACAUUAACAUGUAAUGAAGAAGCACAUUAAGGGAAAAUUCCCUGCCUCCGAUUUAAGAAAAAAUACCCAAAAUGAUAAAUAAUAAUUACAUUAUUUAUCAGAGCUUUUCUCUCCAUAUUAGUACAAAAGCCUCAGACUUAAAGGGUUACUAAACUCAGAUUUUUUUUCUUUAAUGAUUCGUAUAGAGCAUGCAACUUCAAGCAACUUUCUUCAUUCUCUUGUUAUCUUUAUUUGAAAAGCAGGAAUGUAAAACUUAGGAGCCGGCCCAUUUUUGGUUCAGCACCUGGGUAGCGCUUGCUGAUUGGUAGCUAAAUGUAUCCACCAGUAAGCAAGAGCUAUCCAGGGUUCUGAACCUAACAUUGGCCGGAUUCCUGCUUUUAAAAUAAAGAUAGCAAGAGAACGAAGAAAAAAUGUUAAUAGGAGUAAAUUAGAAAGUUGCUUAAAAAUGACCUGCUUUAUCUGAAUCGUGAAAGAAAAAAAAUGGGAUUUCAUAUCCCUUUAAAUUAUUAGCAGCUGAUAAAUAGUCAUAUUCGAAAUUACUCAACAAUAUCCACAAAAUGAUUUGUCUUCGUUCACUUAGUAUCUUUAUUUGAAAAAGCAAAAAUGUAAGCUUAGGAGCUUGACCCAUUUUUAGUUUAGCACCUGAUAAGAGAUUGGUGGCUACAUUUAGACACCAAUCAGCAAGCGCUACCCAGGUGCUGAACUAAAAAUGGGCCGUCUCCUAAGCUUACAUUUUUGCUUUUUCAAAUAAAGAUCCCAAGAGAACGAAGACAAAUUGAUAAUAGGAGUAAAUUAGAAAGUUACUUAAAUUGCUGCUCUGUCUGAAUCAUGAAAGUUUAUAUUUUGACGAGACUAUCCCUUUAAGUCCUGGGCUAGUAAGAAAGAAGAUCAUUUCUAUAUUUAACAUUGAGUGGUAAAUUAUAGUGACACUUUCCACCCCUAAUAUUUACAGAUACAUAUAUUUUUAGGGGGGGGAGUUACAUUAAUGCCAAAAUGUAAGUUCUCAUGUAUGCUUGAAUAAGGCAGGAAAUUCCAGCAUUCAGUCUGCUAAGUAGAUUAUUAUGGACAUGAAAGUCAAAACAAAAACUUUCAUGAAUGAGAUACAUCAUGCAAUUUGUAUAGACUUUUCAGUUUACUUUAUCAAAGAAACAAAAAGUCCCAGCAAUGCAUUUCUGGUAGUUAUUUGAGCCAAUGACUAGACACAUAUGUGUGUAGCCACAAAUCACCAGCCAACUCCCUGUAAUGCAUACCUAGAUAGUAACAUAGUAGAUAAGGUUGAAAAAAGACUGAAAUCCAUCGAGUUCAACCUAUACAAAUCUAAAAUACAAAAAGCUCCAGUUAAGCUUAAAUAACCCCACUAAAAGGUGACUCACUUAAUACUAGCAAUCAUAUCCAUGAAUUUUGUUUAUAUACAGAAAUGUAUCCAGACUAUUUUUAAAUGUAUCUAGGGUAUUGGCAUUCACUACCUCCUUUGGUAAUGAGUUCCACAAUUGUAUUGCUUUUACAGUGAAAAAACGUUUCGUUGCAGGAGAUUAAAUCUCCUUUCCUCCAACCUUAAAUUAUGACCUCUUGUCAGAAACAAUUUUCUUGGAAUAAACAGAGCUUCUGCCAUCUCUGAAUAUGGGCCUUGAAUAUAUUUAUAUAAAGUAAUCAUGUCACCUCUCAAGCGCCUUUUUUCUAAAGAAAACAGACUCAGUUUGGCUAACCUAUCCUCAUAGGUUAAUUUCUCCAAUCCCCUUAUUAGCUUUUCAACAAACUUUACCAAGAGAAUGAAUUUAUUUUAUUUUUUUAAAUAAUUGUACAUUCUGUCUGAAUCAUGAAAGAAAGCAUUGGAAUUUCAUGUCCCUUCAAGCUCUCUGCUCCCCCAGCAAAACUGGGGGGGGGAAUGUGUGUGCUUACCAAGUACCUCAUAUUUUUAACUAAUGUUUAAACAACUUUGGGGGGGGGCUCAGAGUUUGUUUUGAAUUUCUAUUUAAGUUGGUGCUGACGCUGAAAUAUCCCUGCUUUUUCACAUUUUAAAAGAAAAAGUAAACACCUAGAGAUUUGUGUAUAAAAUAUUUAGUUAUGCAUAAUGAAAACUUUGCAAUAUAUUUUUUUUAUUUAUUGUGCCCCCUUCUCAUAUAAUUUAACUCUGAAUAUUGAGCAAAAUUCCAAUUCUCUGAACUGGAAAUGCACCAUACUGACUUCUUAAAGGGACAGUAAACCCCAAUUUUUUUUUCUUUCAUGAUUCAGAUAGAACAUACAAUUGUAAAGAACUUCUAUUAUCUAAUUUGCUUCAUUAUUUAGGUAUCCUUUGUUGAAAAGCAUAACUAGGUAGGUUUAGCAUCUGGGUGCUAUUUGCAGAUUGGUGGCUGCAGAUAUAACGGAAAUUACAAAUGCACACGUCUAAUAUUAAUGCAAAAUGCACAAUGUUCCAGUUCAGAAAAUGCUAUCAGUACAUGUUAUAUGCUGUAUCUCCAGACAAAAUGAGAGGGGGGUUUGUAUGAAGAUUAAUUCAGCUGUUUUGGCUGUAGUCUUGUUUUUUUUUUUAACCUUAAAGGGACACUCAAAUCAAAAUAAACUUAUGAAUCAGAAAGA